GUUGUUGUUGUGACCGACAAACAGUCAAUCGUUCAUUUAUUUAUGUUUGUACUCCGAAAUAAACAGAAGAUUAUUUAAUUUCUCUUUGGCGAUGGCGAGUUUGGAUGAAAAGUGGAAAGCUGUGGACAACUUUGAGUCUAUUGUGGUAGAUCGUGAAAGAGAUGUUUUUCGAGUGACAGAAGAAUUGUAUGAUCUUCAUAAAGGCCGAAAGCAACUCAGGGGUGUAACAAGUAGUUGCAACUAUCGCUUGACCAUACCAUUUGCCCCCCAUCUCUUUGGCUCGGGCAAAACGACCUUUGCCCGAACCUAUUUGGAGUUGGUGCAAAGGUUUGGUGAAACUUUUCUGUCGACGUUUGCUUCGGACCCUUCGAGGAGAACCUUUUUGGAGAAGCUGAAAAGGACUUCAUUGCUCUUUGUGGAUUUAAAGGAGUUGGAGCCCACAGAACCGAAAGAACGCAACCUAAAGUGGGCAGUCUACUAUUUAUUGUACCGAUCAGCUUGUAAUCAGAUGGGUCUACCGUUUAUGAAGCCUGAUGAAGCCUACAGACACAUUCCUCCCUAUCCAAGCUUUCUAAUUCCAGAGCUACGGAAGACUUUGGGCAUUCCUCCCGAUCAAUUUCUUUUG